AAAGAAAUAGGUUAAGUUCGCAAACCAAUCAAAUGUUGACAACAAAUGGGAUUUAAGAAUUUACUCAGAGUUUGUCGAUAAAAUUCACUUUAUUUUAACGUUUGGACGGUUAAAGUUCAGGCGAAGGUAAAAUUAGUGAUUCUAUUUCAGAUAAUGCGAUUUUUCUGCUGAAAGAAAUGAAUUCCACGGCUUUCGAGUAUUUUAGAACGGCGGCUUCGCUGGUUUUCACGCCGCAAUGUUUCGACAAUUACUUUUUUGAUUUCAAUUACUUAGAUGUUCCAUGUUUCAAGUCGAGCUUAAGCAAGGCUUUAGGACUGCUGAUUAUCCUGGGCUCGCUAACAGUGAGGGUGCCUCAGAUCGUGAAAAUUUACAAUAACCAGAGCGGAAAAGGCAUUAACAUAGUCGCAGUAACGCUAGAUUUGAGCGCCAUUACGAUUUACAUGGCAUACAGCUUCAUAAAAGGGUUCCCGUUCAGCGCUUGGGGCGACGCGACAUUCUUGGCUGUACAAACAGUAAUCGUGGGAGCUUUAGUGUUGUAUUACGAAAGCAGCCAAACGAAAGCUAUCUCUUACUUAUUAGGGUAUCUAGUAGUUUGUUACGUAAUGCUAUCUGGAUUGACUCCGCUGAAUGUUUUGUGGUCUUUGCAGACUUUUAACAUACUUUUAGUAAUCUUCGGCAAGCUCACGCAGGCUUGGACGAAUUAUAAUAACGGGCAUACCGGUCAAUUAUCGGCCAUCACUCUGUUUAUGCUGCUGGGAGGUUCUGUAGCUAGGAUAUUUACUUCGAUGCAGGAGACGGGAGAUAACGUGGUGAUUAUGACGUAUAUUUCUUCUGCUUCGGCUAAUUUCGUUUUAGUUUUACAAUUGUGGUGGUACUGGAACGUUGAUAUUAAGGAGAAAUCCGAAUAAACUAGUUAUAGUUUUAGAAAUACGAGUGACUUUUGUAAUUAUUACAUCAUUGGGUUAUGUAUUGCGAUAAUGGUAGCUCCAAUAAAAUGUUUU